GUUAUUGUGGCAGCAGCCAGCUGAUCGUCGUCGGCAGCCGGGAGUUUACCGGAUCAUCGUUACUUCGUCGACGGAGAACGUGCCACACAGUGCGGCCCUAAUUAAAUACCAUCGAAUUUAAAUCGGUAAAGUUCAACUAUCUCCCGAACGAAAUCUAUGACACAAUUCAACUAUCUGCGGAAAGAAAUAGUACCACGGCAUUGCUGGCACCAAGUGCGAUCGAACCUUUAUUAUCAACUUCUAAUCUCGUAGUCAAUGAUCGGAUCGAUUUGACAAACCACGAGCCCAAACGCCUUUCCUGUCUGGGCACGUUAUGCAAGUGUGAAAAAGUGAAACAUUUCUCAUUGUUGAUUCCGACUGCCACGCGUGACGCUAGUGAAAAGAAAAUCGUUGCCAAUCGAGGUCGCGUCAUCGCCGGUGGAUAACCGGGUAGCGUUUGACUUGUGCUGUGAACAAAAAAAAAAUCGCGCACUUCAUACAUUUACAGUGCAUUGCAACCAGUUCGCAACAGUAUGAUCAAUCAAAAGACGCCUCUGGAAGAUGGCAGAACAUCCAAAGAAAAACCGCAAUACAGUGAGCUGUCGUACCUCGUUACUCGACAAUGUCUUCAACGAGAAGACUUUAAUCAGCUUUCGCAGUACGAAAGACUAAAGCCGACUGCUCUCGAUUCUUUUGGAACUUCUGUGAGAAACGUCAGGUGCCUUUCAGCAAUUAAAGGAUUUAUUCCGAUUCUACAAUGGCUUCCAACGUAUUCGAUAAAAAACGAUCUACUAAGCGACAUGACGGCAGGAUUGACGGUGGCUGUACUUCAAAUACCUCAAGGAAUGGCGUAUGGAAUAUUGGCAGGUACCGCCGCCAAUGUUGGACUCUAUAUGGCCUUCUUCCAUUGUCUUGUUUAUGCUGUGUUCGGCACAUCGCGCCAUAUAUCGAUGGGAACGUUCGCAGUAACAAGUUUGAUGACUGCCAAAAUAGUAGCAACCUACUCAACAGUUAUACCAACCCUGGCGUCCAACGGAACUGACACCUUAGGACCGGCGCUGACGCCAACGGAAGAUGCCAUAUAUACACCGAUACAAGUAGCUACAGCAGCGUCCUUUGUAGCGGGUGUAUUCUACUUUAUCAUGAGUGCCGCCCGAUUGGGAAUCCUAUCGUCGCUCUUGAGUGAACCACUGGUGAGUGGUUUCACUACCGCCGCUGCUGUUCACGUGAUGGUUAGCCAGCUGAAGGAUCUGCUAGGCGUAUCUAUACCACGUUAUAAAGGUACCUUUAAAGUGAUUCUUUCGGUACGCGACAUCAUCGAUCAAGCUCCGAACGCGAAUCUGACGGCCGUCUAUACCUCCUUGGUUGUUAUUCUGUUCAUGAUUUUUAUGAACGAAUAUUUCAAGCCCUGGCUUUCUACCAAGUGCCGAUUUCCAGUACCUGCCGAAUUGAUGGCCGUAGUCGGAGGCACCGUGGCCUCCUAUUUAAUUGGGCUUGGGCCGAACUUCGACGUUGGCUUAGUUGGAUUGAUACCGACCGGCCUUCCCGCACCGCAAUUUCCCCCACUUGCGCUUAUAAAGGCCGUUGCCGUUGAUAGCAUAGCAGUAACUAUUGUCGGUUAUUCGAUCGUCAUGUCGAUGGGGAUGAUCUUUGCGCAGAAGGACAACUACGAAGUGCGUCCAAAUCAAGAGCUAGUGGCACUUGGGUUCACCAACAUUGUAGGCUCUAUGUUUUCCUGCAUUCCUACCGCUUGUUCUCUGUCACGUUCUUUGAUCCAGCAUCAAACAGGAGGCAAAACGCAAAUAGCAGCCGUGUUUUCCUCGUUGAUCAUGCUUGUCGUUCUACUGUGGAUCGGUCCGUACUUCGAAAGUUUGCCCAGAUGCGUCCUGGCAGGUAUUAUUGUCGUUGCACUGAAAGGCAUGUUGAUACAGGUGUAUCACAUCAAAAAAUUCCACCGUGAAGGAAGCCUUGAGUUGUUCGUUUGGUGUGUAACCUUUCUUUCGGUCGUUAUUAUCGAUAUUGAUAUCGGGUUGCUGAUCGGAGUGGUGAUAUCGCUGAUUUCGCUCUACGUGAAAGGCUGGAAAACUUAUUAUAGCUUGCUUGGAACUGUGCCGGAUACUGCUAUCUAUGUUGACAUCGGAAGUCAUCAACGUGCCGAGGAACUGCCGCACAUCAAAAUUUUUAAGUAUACCGGUUCAAUUAAUUUUGCCAACAAGAGCAACUUCAAGAAAGCACUAUAUAAAGAAACCAAAGUACUUCAACGUGCCAACGUAUCGCUAGUUCCUCGUUACAAUGGCGAAACUACGGGACUACAAUGUACCAAAGCGGUUAUUAUUGAUCUGAGUAGUGUUCCUCACGUUGAUACCGCCGCAUGUAAAAUGUUUACAGAAGUUAAAACCAAUUUAGAGAAACUGAACAUCACUCUAUUGCUGGCUACCCCAGCCGACUGUGUGUUUGAUGCGUUAUUGCAUGCGGAAUCAAUUGGGGAAGGAGGCUUUAACAUAUUUCCCACAAUCCACGACGCAGUCAUCUAUGCCCAGGGAAACGAGUCAGCCGUGUAGCGUAAGCUCUCGUAAAUUCAUUGAUAUAAAGCAAAGCAAAAGAUGUAUGUGCCUUCUACGAACAAAUUUAAAAGCAAUAGUUCUCGACACGACAAAGGACUACCCUAAUAGAAUUAGUUACCAAAGGAUCAAACGAAUGAUGUGAUAUGUUUGCUCACACACAGACCGUACAGGCUUACAUUCGCGUAGAGAAUACCGAUUGAAAUCGCGUAGGCGCAUGAUACAGUUAGACGUACUUCAUUUUUUAUGUUAACAAGGUUAGCUUUUUAGAUGCAUCCUUCUUAACGUAUUAUUCUCCCAUUCUUACACAUAAGUACAAUCCUCACGGGUUCUCUUGAGUCUCGACAGCUCCGCAUGGCAUAUUUGUCGUAUUUCGCAGGAAAGUUACAUUGAUUGAACAAAAUUUAGGUUAGUCGAAAUCUAAAUCACAUCAGCAACCAGAAUCGUAAUAAACAA